AUGAAUUCCGAUAAUUCUUUGUCGAUAAAAUUCAAAAUAAAUACUAAUGAUUUAGAAUUAACAUUUCAAGAUGGGGAAGAUCUAUACGAAAAAUUAUUGAAUGAUGAUUCAUAUGCCAUUCAAUAUGUGAAACUAAUAAUUCAAAAUGGAUUGUAUGUAAUAACCGAUGGCGGCAAGGAGAACUUAUUAAAGGAAAUAUAUCGGCUGGAAACAUUGAUAUACAAUAUAAACAUUAAUAAAAAUCAAAACCUUCAAAAUAUACAGUAUACCGACAAAGAAGAUGAAUCUGAUUUAACUUCAGCAAUAUUCGAAGAAAAUAACAGUCCGAAACAUGCAGAUUCUUGGACUGAUUUCUCAACUGUAUUUAUGCUAGACAAAUAUAAAUUAUACCUUUCUCAAAUAGGCCCAAUGAAAAAAUUUAAAUCGAAGAAGACAAUGUGGGCACAGAUUUCAAAAGAUUUGCAAAAAGAUUGUAAUGUUUCAAAAACAUCACUACAGGUUGAAAAUCGUUAUAAAACGGUUCUGAAACGAAAAAAGAAAGCGGUGGAAAAUAACCAUAAAUCAGGCAAUUCGCGGGAAAAAGUCCCAUUUGAAGAAGAGUUAAGAGAAAUUAGCCAAGCUGAUGAUAGCAUUGAGCCAGAAGUACUUCGAAGUGCACAAUCUGUGAAAUACCUAAAAGAAGCCUUUAGUCGAAAAUUAUCAGGCGAGGAUUCAAAUACUACUGACGAAAGCAAAAACGUCAAAUAUUCUCUUCCAAAGAAAAGGUGUAAAUUCAGCAAUGAAGAAAGAAAAUUGGAAUUAUUUAAACAAAAGGAGGAGGCGAAAGAAAGGAAACAUCAAGAGAAAUUACAGCUUUUAAAGGAAUUAUUUGGCAAGAAAGAAAGUCAUUAA